CAGAGAAGCGCAGGAAGAAGAAGAACAAACCGGACUCUCAGGUGACCUUCAUUCACGCUGAACAUCUUCUGUCUCCUCAUGGACCCUGACUGAGGCUUCAGAACCGAACUGUGAGCAGUUCUCAUUCGGUUUCUCGGUGUUUGCCUGAAAAUGUGCCGGAAGUUUGACUCUUUUAGCCCAGCAGUGAGGCUGCUCACAGAUAUCUCCACAGGAUCCAAGGACCAUCUCAGAGAUGAGCAGCAGUCUCCACCUGCUAGUGUGGCGCAGUGAUUUCCAUCAUGGCCGCUUCCUGCUCCUUGCAUCCUGGCGGUCCGUUGUGUUCAGGUGGCUCAGUUCGGGUCUUCGGAUCAGUCGCAGCCUCCAGGAGAGCUACACACUCCUGCAGCUGCCCGCCGAGGGCCACAGCAGCCCUGCACAGGUGAGGGAUGCCUACCUGCGCCUCGCCAAGCUCUACCAUCCGGACUCCGGGGAACCUACUGCAGACUCUGGGCUGUUCGCCCGGAUUGAAGAGGCGUACCGGGCGGUGCUGGCCCAUCAGAGUAAGGUCAGAAAGCGGGAUGGAGCGCUGGAAGAUGAUGACGAGGACAAGGCCCGAGCAGCCGCUCUGCAGCACAGACACUACCUCAGCUAUGAGGGUGUCGGUUCUGGUACCCCCAGCCAGCGAGAGCGUCAGUACCGUCAGAUCCGUGUGGACCGGGCUGCUGAGCAGGUCCUGAGCUAUCGACAGAGAGAGCAUGAGAGGGCGGCAGCAGCAGACGGGGCGCUGGCGGAGCGCGACGUGCGGCGGCGCAGCCAGAAGAUCAAGCUGACGCAGGCGGUGGAGCGGCUGGUGGAGGACCUGAUCCAGGAGUCUAUGGCCCGCGGGGACUUCCGGAACCUGAGCGGGGCGGGGAAGCCCCUCAACAAGUUCCGGUCCAACCCGUACGCCGACCCCAUGACCCACAACCUCAACCGCAUCCUCAUCGACAGCGGCUACCAGCCGCCUUGGGUGGUGAUGCAGCACGACAUCAGGGAGAACGCGGCUCAGAUCCGGAACCGGUUGCUGGAGGGCCGGGCCCGGCUCGGCGACCCCAUGACUCCUGCAGAGCAGAACCAGUGGGAACAGAUGUGCAGAUCCAUUCAGGAGGAGCUGGGGAAGCUCAACAAAAUGGUGGACAACUACAACCUGAUCGUCCCAGUGCUCAGCAUGCAGAUGGUCCACUUCAGCCUGUCCCGGGAGACGGAGCGGGCCCAAGGGGCUGCUGAGCAGCGCCGGAUGGAUCUGCUGAAGGUCCGACAGAAGGAGCGAGAGAGAAGGAAGGAGGAGAAGAAGAGAGCCAACAAUGGAACCAGAACUCAAACUAAAAAGCAAGGACUGGUGUCCUGGAUGCAGAGUUUGUUCAGAUAUUAACUAUUAAACCUGUACAGCAACGUGCAAAAGUCUCAGA